GUGAGCACAACAUUUAAAUUAACAGUAGUGAAAACACAAUUGUUUCGGCUGUAAAAUCGAAAUUACAAAUUCCCAGAAGCUGUUAUCUAUUUGAUAAGGUUGACCUCCAGUCGAAAAGUACGGCAAUCGGAAGAGAAACAGUGCGCUGCAAUGGAGCUGACUGGAUGGGUGAAGAACUACGACUGGGGCCGCAGGGGCAUCAAGUCGGCGGUGGCCCAGCUGGCCAUGGCCAAUGAUCCGGACUUCCGGCUGAACGAGGAGGAGCCCUACGCGGAGAUGUGGAUGGGCACCCAUGUGUGCGGUGUGUCGGUGGUCAAGGAAACCGGCGAAACUCUGGACAGAGUUCUGAAAAAGGACCUAUCCUACCUGUUCAAAGUGCUGAGCAUCAACAAGGCACUCAGCAUCCAGGUGCAUCCGAACAAGUGCGAGGCGGAGCGACUGCACAAGGAGCGCCCGGAGAUCUACAAGGAUCCCAACCACAAGCCGGAGCUGGCCAUUGCCCUGACGCCCUUUCUGGCCCUGGUGGGCUUCCUGCCGGCCGACGACAUCAGGGACAACAUAGACCAGUUCCAGCCCCUGAGUAAAUUGAUUGGUAGCGAAGCUGUGGACCAAAUCCACCAAUCCGCCGAUGGACAAAGUGUUAAGCUGUGCUACGAGAAGCUAAUGAAAACGGAGGAGUCCGAGAUAGCCAAGUGCAUUGCGGAAAUAGCCAAGGACUAUCAGAAGGAACUAAAGUCCAACAAUCUGCUCGAGGUGUUCACCCAGAUCAACAAAGACUUUCCCGGCGAUGUGGGCGUGCUGUCGCUGUUCUUCCUCAACCUCAUCCGCCUGCAGCCCGGCCAGGCCAUCUACCUGGGCGCCAACGAGAUCCACGCCUACCUGGACGGCGACUGCGUGGAGUGCAUGGCCUGCUCGGACAAUGUGAUACGUGCUGGCCUGACUCCUAAAUACAAGGAUGUGGACCAACUGCUGGACUCUGUGAUCUUUGACAGCGCCCAGCAACGCAAGGAGUUCAUCCCAUACCGCAUAGACGAGCAGGUUCAGGUGUAUAUUCCUCCAGUCUCCGACUUCGCCGUGAUUAGUGUGAGCAUUGACCACGCGCUGGAAUCGUACAAGCUGGCUAUCCAGGCCUACGGCUCCAUACUGAUAGUCCUGAAGGGAUCCCGCACCCUGAAGCUGAAAACCCAGCAGGGCGACAAGGAGAUCGUGGUCUCCCGCGGCAGCAUUGUGUACAUUCCCGUCGAGGCGGCGCCGGAAAUCGAGUUCGCCCUGGCCGGAGAUUGCGAAGACGAGGACUUCAGCGGGUACAUAGCAACCAGCAACUACUUUCGAGUGCCCUAAAAUUCUCAGCUAAUCUUAAGCUUUUGUAAAGUGCAAUAAAUCCAUAAAAACA